GAAGAGCGCUUUCCCUUUCUUUCUCUCGGCGCUCAGUUAAUCCUGCUGUCAGUUGGUGUUAAGCAGCAGACGAAGCGCUGGAUUCCAAGAGAGGGAGACGCACAAUACCGAAGGCAUAGCAGAAGGGAGGCGCGGACAGAGAGCGAGACCAGAGGGAGAAAACCAAAUCUAUGCUUGGACCUGGGCUUCUUUUUCGCCAAUGCAAAAGGGAAUAUGCAGCACAUUUUUGCUUUCUUCUGCACCGGUUUCCUAGGGACGGUGUUAGGGGCCAAUUUCCCCAACAACAUCCAGAUAGGGGGAUUAUUUCCUAAUCAGCAGUCCCAGGAGCAUGCGGCUUUUCGGUUCGCACUGUCUCAGCUCACAGAACCCCCGAAACUGCUUCCCCAGAUCGACAUUGUGAACAUCAGCGACAGCUUUGAGAUGACAUACACCUUCUGUUCACAGUUUUCCAAGGGCGUUUAUGCCAUCUUUGGGUUUUACGAGAGGAGGACGGUCAACAUGCUCACGUCCUUCUGCGGGGCCCUCCAUGUCUGCUUCAUCACGCCCAGCUUCCCUGUCGACACGUCCAACCAGUUUGUUCUCCAGCUACGCCCGGAGCUCCAGGAGGCCCUUAUCAGUGUCAUCGAGCACUACAGCUGGCAGAAAUUCGUCUACAUUUACGAUGCCGACCGGGGCUUGUCAGUCCUCCAGAGAGUGCUGGAUACGGCGGCGGAGAAGAACUGGCAGGUGACAGCCGUCAACAUCCUGACGACGACAGAGGAAGGAUACAGGAUGCUCUUCCAGGAGCUGGAGAAGAAGAAGGAAAGGCUGGUGGUGGUGGACUGCGAAUCCGAGAGGCUGAACGCCAUACUGGGCAAGAUCAUCAAGCUUGAAAAAAAUGGGAAUGGCUACCACUACAUCCUGGCGAACUUGGGAUUCAGGGACAUUGACCUGAUAAAAUUCAAAGAGAGUGGAGCCAAUUUGACUGGCUUUCAGUUGGUGAAUUAUACAGACACCAUCCCAGCCCGGAUCAUGCAGCAGUGGAAGAGCAAUGAUGCCAGGGAGCACCCUCGAGUUGACUGGAAGAAGCCAAAGUACACAUCGGCUCUUACUUACGAUGGAGUUCGAGUGAUGGCUGAGGCCUUCCAGAGCCUACGGAGGCAGCGGAUUGACAUCUCCCGUCGAGGAAACGCUGGGGAUUGCCUUGCAAAUCCGGCCGUUCCUUGGGGUCAAGGCAUUGACAUUCAGAGAGCUCUGCAGCAGGUGCACUUUGAAGGAUUAACUGGAAAUGUUCAGUUUAACGAGAAGGGUCGUCGGACCAACUACACCCUCCACGUGAUGGAAAUGAAACACGAUGGCAUCCGGAAGAUUGGCUACUGGAACGAAGAUGAAAAAUUUGUCCCAGCAGCCACAGAUGCACAAGGUGGCAACGAAUCCAUGAGUCUCCAGAACAAGACAUACAUAGUUACCACAAUUCUAGAAGACCCGUACGUGAUGCUCAAGAAGAACGCCAACCAGCUUGAAGGCAAUGACAGGUAUGAAGGCUACUGCGUGGAGCUUGCUGCUGAGAUCGCUAAGCAUGUUGGCUACAAUUACACGUUGGAGAUAGUGAGAGAUGGGAAGUAUGGAGCCCGGGACCCUGACUCUAAAACAUGGAAUGGCAUGGUGGGAGAACUGGUGUAUGGAAGAGCUGAUGUUGCUGUUGCACCACUGACCAUCACCCUUGUUCGAGAAGAAGUUAUCGACUUUUCCAAACCGUUUAUGAGCCUAGGCAUCUCCAUCAUGAUAAAGAAACCUCAGAAAUCCAAGCCCGGGGUGUUUUCCUUUCUGGAUCCCUUGGCUUAUGAGAUCUGGAUGUGCAUCGUCUUUGCCUACAUCGGAGUCAGCGUUGUCCUCUUCCUGGUCAGCCGCUUCAGCCCGUACGAGUGGCACACCGAGGAAUUUGAAGAAGGGCGCGACCAGCCAGUUGCUGAUCAGACUAACGAAUUUGGGAUAUUUAACAGUCUCUGGUUCUCCUUGGGAGCCUUUAUGCAGCAAGGAUGUGAUAUUUCACCAAGAUCUCUCUCUGGCCGCAUUGUGGGUGGCGUCUGGUGGUUCUUCACCCUCAUCAUCAUCUCCUCCUACACGGCUAACCUAGCUGCCUUCCUGACGGUCGAAAGGAUGGUGUCACCAAUCGAGAGUGCAGAGGACCUGGCCAAGCAGACAGAGAUCGCCUACGGGACCCUGGAAGCUGGGUCAACUAAAGAAUUUUUUAGGCGCUCUAAAAUAGCAGUGUUUGAGAAGAUGUGGACAUACAUGAAAUCGGCCGAGCCCUCCGUUUUUGUGAGGACCACGGAAGAGGGCAUGAUCCGGGUGAGAAAGUCGAAAGGGAAGUAUGCCUACCUUCUGGAGUCGACGAUGAACGAGUACAUCGAGCAGCGGAAGCCGUGCGACACAAUGAAGGUGGGAGGUAACUUGGAUUCCAAAGGCUAUGGCAUUGCAACGCCAAAGGGGUCUGCACUGAGAAACCCAGUAAACCUGGCAGUGUUAAAACUGAACGAGCAGGGGCUUUUGGACAAAUUGAAAAACAAAUGGUGGUACGACAAGGGCGAAUGCGGCAGCGGGGGAGGUGAUUCCAAGGACAAGACGAGUGCUUUGAGUCUCAGCAACGUGGCGGGCGUUUUCUAUAUCCUCAUCGGUGGGCUCGGACUGGCCAUGCUGGUUGCCUUAAUCGAGUUUUGUUACAAGUCCAGGAGUGAAUCCAAACGGAUGAAGGGUUUUUGUUUGAUCCCGCAGCAAUCAAUUAAUGAAGCCAUAAGGACAUCGACACUUCCCAGACCGGCCACAGCAGGAGCCAGCGGAGAGAACGGACGGGUGGUCAGCCACGAUUUCCCCAAAUCCAUGCAGACAAUUCCGUGCAUGAGUCACAGCACCGGGAUGCCCCUGGGAGCCACAGGAUUAUAAUCGGCCUUGACACGUCACCCGGGUGUGAGCAGGGUCACCCCCGCCCCACCCCCCUCCAGUGCCAAAAACCAAUCCAAACCGAGAAACACGAUGACGACGAUGAACAAAAGGGACAAUUCAAUGGAUCUUCCUGAGGAAAUUGAAUCUAUUUUCCUUUUUGUUUUCCAAUAGAUCCACAGGCAGGAGAGUUAAACACAGUCUGCGCCGCAAUAAGGAGAGCGUAAUGGGAUUUAACAGACUCACAAACCGUCCCUGGAUCGCAGAGCCGCUGGAAAACUAAUGAGGACCGUGCCAUUUUGUUUUAACUUGGUUGUUAAUAAGUCUUAGUGUGUGCAAUAUAUAUAUAUACAUAUAUAUAUAUUUUUUCUUACUAAUUCCUGUGGUGUCAGGAUGACAUCAGGCCGCCCUCCCCGCCCCCACCCCUCCCCACACAGCCUUUUAAUCAGGUUUAGUUUGAGAUGCAAACCUAACGUUUGAGCUACUAACAGCAAAAGGGAAAAUGAAAUAAAAAAGGCGAACCUACCGCCCCGAUGGGCACCGGCGGCCAGCCCUUGGAUUCAUCAGGAGCCAGCUGUGUGUCCGUCAAGACCCUGGGGGCAGAGUUUACUGCAACCGGUCAAGCAGUCAUGUGGAGGGCUCCGGCCAGUCUUCCUGCACAAGGCAGGACUCUCGAGAUGAGCCAACACCCACAUGGCAACACACAUUGACUUUGCAGGAACAAGGAGUGGAGGGAAGUUAGAAACAGAGGCGAGAGCACCCAGGUAACCCUGGUCCAAUGUGAUAAGUAUUGCAUAAGAGAUGGCAAAUGACGGCUCCAGGGAAAUCGAGGCACGACUGCAUACGUGUUCUGGGACUGGAGAAACCCAGCGUUUGGCAGCUGAGCCAACAGUGGACUGAGAUCAUGACAGACGGCUGCGUACGGAGGACAGGAACCAAACACAACAUUGAUCAUACAUGCAACCCUCUGCCUACACUAUCCAGGGCUAAUUGGCAAUUGUGAGCCAUUUCCUCAUUGCUUUGCUUCUAUAUGUGCUCCUUUGUGGAUGGCUGCUGACGGGGGAACCACCAAGAGCCUGGAGUAAAACAGUCCAGUCCUCACCAGUACAGGGGUGCUGGAAACGUGAGGCUGCGCUCGGGACAUUUCCGGAUUUAGGCUCUGACAUCCCCUUCGGACUAACUUUGCAUUCAAAGGGGACUCUUCGCGGCUAAACAAUCAAGCCAGAUUUCUGGGAAGAACCUGCAUCUCCCUGAAUCAAACCGCAUGGAUGGGGUGUCCCAUAGGACCUUCGCACCCACUUCCAUGGUAUUGGGUUGAUGUUGGGCCUGUUAAACUCAGCUCUGGGCCAACGGGUUGGCAGAGAAGCCAAGAGCAGUGAGUUCUGGCUCAUUCCUCCUCGACAAGGAAGCAGGACUCACCAGGCACGUCGCUCUCCGCUUGGUCCAGGAACGCCUGUCCAAAACCCAGUGCAAAGCCAGCUGCUGGCAAUGUUGCCCCAGUAGCUAAUUGUCUUAUUCUCUUUCUUUUUUUUUGGUUUCUUUUUUUGGUUUCUGUCUAACCAGAAGAUUCAUUUUGUGAAGCCACCAGCAUGGAUAGCAGAACGCUCUGUGUUUGGGGGGGCUGGGGAAAUGCACCGUUUUAAAGGGAAUAUCAAGGAAGACGGAAGAUCUUCCAUGGAUGGAGCUGGACUGGUCUCAGUGGGGGCAGAUGGCAGGACAAGGAGCAAUGGGCUCAAGUGGCAGCAAGGGAGGUUUAGGUUGGAUAUUAGGAAAAAUUUUACCGCUAGGAGGGUGGUGAAGCACUGGAACGGGUUACCCAGAGCAGUGGUGGACUCUCCAUCCUUGGAGGUGUUUAAGACCCGGGUGGACAAAGCCUUGCCUGGGAUGCUGUAGUUGGGGCUGGUCCUGCUUGGAGCAGGGGGUUGCUCUAGAUGUGACCUCCCGAGGUCUCUUCCCACCCUCAUUGUCUACAAGGCAAUGAAGCUGUGGCUUCCAGUUUUUUGAAGUGGGUUGAAGCUUCUUCUCUGCAAUCCCACUGAGCCCCCAGCACAGGGAAAAGGGGCUGAUCUCAAAGGGUUAGGAGCUGCUAUAUUUUUUAACGUUGCAGGGCAUGCAACGUGGCAAGCAAGUGAUAGAGAGGAGCUGUGGGGUACGUGGGAAAGAGAGAUGUUGAUGGCAAAGUGAGAGGCAGAUAACUCGAGCAGGCUUGCGGGGAGGGUUUCCCCACGUGGCUUUUCAGAAGCAUGACCGCCCGCCGGCUACAAACCCAUCGUCUUCGGUGCAUGACCCGCAGCGAGGUGCCUCGCGCCGGCAGCCCUCAGUGACUGAGCCGCCCUGACUGCUCUGCACCACUGACCUAUUUGCACCCCAUCUCUUGUCUCCACUCAUCCCGGGGCCAUACGGGCAAGCCCAGCAAGUCCAAGACUCCAGGUCCCUCACGAAGGCAUCUGGCGCCCUUGUGUUUUCUCUCUCUGCCACUGCGAAUGCUUGCAUUCGCCAUCUUGCCUUCACAAGAGCAUUUCCAAGAGCCAUAACCCCUCCACGCCACCUCCUCCAUGUUCAUGAUUGUUUUGAAUUUGCUUUGUUUGUAAUUGGGUUUUUUUCUUUGGUCCUGCGUGGGCACGGGAAUAGGACAGGCUUCGGGGUUGCACGCCUGCUCCUUGCUCCGGGGCUCCCCCGGUAGAGUCUGUUGCCUGGACUCUUCUCAUCCGUUAUGUCACCACUGCACAUUGCCAUGGGAGCAGGCUGCAGACCCCCUCUUUUUGGUGGAAUUGGGUAUUAGCCCCCGUCGACCUUCUAGGCCCCUGUUGCCUUUGCAGCAGGGCAUCGAAGGAGCCCUUCCCAGCACGUGAACUGGCCGGGACGGCCUUGCGGGGGAGAGCGUGCUGCGUGAGGACCGAACACCCGGGACAAAGGCAGGAACCGCGGUCUGAAAAGGCGUCUGAUGGAGGAAAGGGGGUGAAGAGAGAGAAAAAAAAAAAAGACAGAAUGAGAGGAAAGCGCAAGGGGGGAAAAAAUGUUAACUUGUAAUAUGUAUUUUUACUACACUUUUCUUAAAAAUAGAAUAAUGGCAAAACUCUGAAAGACAUUGACAUUUUUUCUCAACAGGAAUCCACAUUUAACAGUUUCGGCUUUCAUUAAAUUUUGCUCUUUGGUACCUGGA